AUGUGGUUUUGGCUAACUUACCGUAUCUCGGCUCCCUGUUCAUCUACAGGGAACAAGGAGCCGAUCAAAAUCAACGAGGGCAGUGGCGAGCAAGCGAUCGACAUUGGGGAUUCCGUUUUAUUAGAGGUGACGCAAUUCACCGAGGAAGCCGGGGAGCUUCUUAAAACCAGCGAAGAGCAGCGGAUCCGCGUCCGCGAGAAGUCCGGCAAUUUCCAGCGCAUCCUCGCCCACACGCUCGGGUUGAAGAAGGGCGCUCAGAUCUUUGUCACCCCGAACCCCGGUGAGGCGCUGCUCAUCGUCGUCAAGAAGCACAAGAAGGCGAACGACGACACGAGGAGCACCCUCGACGCGGGCAGCGAAAAGGACCGCUCGGUGACGCCGAGCUCGGAAAUUGUGGAGAGCACGGUGGUGGCGGAAGAAGAGAUAACGGGGAAGAUUUCGCCAGCCAAAAACAGCGUGCUCGAGCGAAUGGCCAAAUUGGGGCAGCCGAUCCUCGGCAUGGCCCCACUCCAGCCGCCCAAGCUCGACCUGCCGGAAGUGAAGCCCGAACCGGUCGAGCAGAGAGCAUCAGAUUUCCAGGAUGAAGCCAGGGAGGAGGAAGCGGAAGUGGCGCCUGCUGCCGCCGAGCCACAGCCCGCUGUGAAGCCCGAUGUGCCAAUUGCCGAGACGAGUCAAGAAACUGGACAACGGACUUUCAACGAGACGCCGCCGCUGCUCACGUACGAGAUGCUGCAUCGCGUGAUCGGCGUCGAGAUGGAUCGGCUGGAGGGGCGCCUCGAACGACGUUUUAUGGGAAUUCUGGAAAGGAUCAACGGAAGGCUCGCCCGGCUCGAGGGACGCCUGAAGCCGGAUGAAUAUGGUCCCACA